GGGAACACUGGAACACAUCUCCAGAGACUGAAGCUCCAGCAAAUCAUUAAAGCACUGAUAUUAGUAUAGUACACAACAAUAAUGACAAUGUAGCUGAGAUUGAAUGUCACACAAACACACACGAAUAUUAGCUUAUGAACGUGAUAUUUAUUGGUUAUGGAUGGUUUAACCUUUGAAUGCUGACUGAAGAUCCACUUAUGACAUAAAUUUUCAUUUCCUAAAAAAGGCCAGGUGCGAUGCCAAUAAAGACAAUGACUGAGGGCACUGUAGACACUAACAAGGAGUGCGACCCAGAAUGGGACCUCGAUGAGAACCUAAUGGAAACAGACGAUUUAGAGAAACUAGAAGAACUUGCCGCAAAAGCCGAAGAAAUAGAUCGUAAAAACAUUGUUGCAAUACAACCCGAUGAUCUUCAACCUAAAGCGAAAGACAAUACAAUUCCCAAAGUGCCAAAAAAGAGAGGUCCAAAAAAGAAGAAAAUGACCCGAGGAAGGAUUGUUAAGCUAAGAAUAAGGCGAGUUAAAGCGAAUAGUCGUGAAAGAAAUCGAAUGCAUGGUCUAAACGAAGCGUUGGACGUUCUUCGGGAGCACGUACCUUGUUAUUCAAAGACUCAAAAGCUAUCUAAAAUUGAAACUCUCCGCCUCGCUAGAAACUACAUUGCAGCAUUAUCAGAAAUACUAAAAACCGGAUUGCGACCUGAAGGCGUAUCGUUCGCUAAAGCGCUUUCUAAAGGACUCUCACAAAAUACAAUGAAUCUCGUCGCUGGGUGUCUCCAGUUAAACCCAAGAACUCUUUUGCCCGAACAUCAGUUGCCAAAAUCUUACCACUAUAUCUACAACACAAAUGCAAAUUACCCAAAUGCCAUUACGCCACUUUCUUAUCACUACAACCAACCCCCGUCCCCACUUGGUUACAACCUAUCGCACAACCAAUUACCCCACCACGCAUACAACCAACAGGUCGGGCACAAUCAACAGAUUAGUACACCGAUGAACCAUGUCCAUAUGCCCUACCAAGCUAUGAACACAUCCAGUCCGCUGAACGCCGAAAACAGGGAGCCAGCGUUGCCCACGGGCAGUAUGACGUCCAACUAUUCAUAUUCAAAUCAAAAUCAGAUGAGAUCGAGAUGCGGCUCAUCCGAGGAGACAAAAAUCUCAACUUGUCGCUAUAACGACGUCGGAAUACUGGAUGAUUCUGGGACUGAUAUGUUCCUCAGUGACUUUGAAGGUUUGGAAUCGGACGAAAGUGGACAAUUGCAACUCAUUCAUUCUACGUCAGAUAUGUUUGAUAAUAGCCUGUAAUUUAGUUGUGUUUCCAUUAUUUCAUUAUUCAUUUGAACAGACAUAUCAUUUACUAUUCACGUCUCAACUACAUGUACUCACUCACUCACUCACUCACUCACCCACUCACUCACUCACUCACUCACUCAACCACCCACUUACCUACUCACUCAAAAUCACCCACACACUCACUCAAUCUAGACUUAUAGAAAAGUGUCUAAAGUAUGUUAAAAUGUAUUCAUGGUUUACACCUGUAUGAAAUAUUACUUAUAUGCUG